CUCUCAGAGAAUUUGAUUAAACUGCUUCACAUUGAAGAUGAUCACUUCCAAGUUGCUUCUCCUUGUGCUCCUUGGUGCUCUAGUUUGCACCUCUGGCUACUCUAGGGUGCUUUUGGGUGAGGAGGCGUCCUUCGAGGAGGAGAAAACCUUCUACCACCGUCCUGGAUACGGUGGUGGCCUUGGUGGUGGCUCUGGAGGUGGUGGUGGAGGAGGGUUGGGUGGUGGUGCUGGUGCUGGUGGGGGAGCUGGCUAUGGUGGAGGAGCCGGUGCCGGUGGGGGACUCGGAAAAGGAGGCGGCCUAGGCGGAGGAGGUGGAGGUGGUCUUGGAGGCGGCGGCGGUGGAGGAUUAGGUGGUGGCUAUGGCGGGGGAGCUGGUGGUGGAUAUGGUGGUGGGGCUGGCGCUGGCGGUGGGAUAGGUGGUGGAGCUGGAGGAGGCGGUGGUGGAGGAUUUGGAGGUGGUGGCGGUGGGGGGCUUGGUGGAGGAGCUGGUGCUGGUGGAGGGUAUGGUGCUGGUGGAGGAGCUGGUGCUGGUGGUGGAUACCCUUAAAAAGCGAGAGCCAGAUAUAAAAAUGUCUUUCCAAAUGACUACUCUAUAUUUUCCCUUAAUUAGUGCUUAAAAUGUUAAGGCUAGUGCGGCCAGAGAGAAGUGAUCCUUGGUCUCUCUUGCACGUUAAGUUUGAUUCCUAUGUCUCAAUAAGCUUUUUACAGCAAGUUAAUGGACAAGACAUGCAUUUCAUAGUAA